UAAUGCGCGCUCUCGUGUUCCCCCGGAUGCGUGUUUACUCGGUCUCCUCUCUCCACCCCUGAAAUGAGAGAGGUACGGAGUGGAAGGGACAUCGUUUUAGAAGAAACCCUGCAAGAACAGACAGCCAAAAAGAUCUAGUCAGGCGAGGGGAGCGCGCGAAGAUUUAAGGUGUAGGUCCAGCGGCGCGAGGAUAAAUUGAUUCGACAUCAAGGUCAAUUAUCUCUGCACAAUAAAAAAUAAAUAAAUAAACUCUGAGGAUGGAGCAGGCAUACGGGGCUGGCAAGGCUGGCGGCACCUUCGAUCCAAUCACGUUCUUUCAGCAACCGCAGACUAUUCUUCGAAUAGUGUCAUGGAUCUUCUCCAUUGUGAUCUUUGGAUGCAUUGCUAACGAGGGUUACGUGAAUCGUCCAGACGAGGUGAAGGAAUUCUGCAUCUUUAACAGGAACCAGAAUGCCUGUAACUAUGGUGUGGGGAUGGGGGCACUGGCCUUCCUCUGUUGUGCCGCAUUUAUGGCACUGGAUGUCUACUUUCCUCAAAUAACCAGCGUCAAAGAUCGCAAGAAGGCUGUGUUGGCUGAUAUUGGCGUUUCAGCAUUUUGGUCUGUCAUGUGGUUUGUGGGAUUCUGUUUGCUGGCCAAUCAGUGGCAGGUGGCCAAACCAGAGGAUAACCCACUGAAAGAGGGCGGAGACGCUGCUAGAGCGGCCAUCACCUUCUCCUUCUUCUCCAUAUUCACUUGGGCUGGUCAAGCUUUCUUCGGAUUCCAAAGGUACAAGCUAGGUGCAAGCUCCUCCCUCUUCUCACAGGACUAUACUGAUCCCAGCCAGGAUCCUGCAGCGGCACCCCCUGCAGGCAUGGAAUACACUGAAUACAACACUGACAUGGAGGCUAAUUAUGAUGGCUCUGGUGGAUACCAGAACCAAGACUAUUAAGGUCAGGUGUAAGGAUGCACGCCACAGCCUUAACCAGCUAGGCUGGCGGGGUUAAAUCGGGGAAACAUUUGUGGUGAAAAGGACAAACUUAACAUUGGUACUUUAUUUUGAGGGCUCUGGGAAGAUUCGGGCGACCAAAGCAGAGUGAUUAAAAUUUGUUGUGGUUUAGAGACUGAGAAAAUAAGGGGAUUGUUUGGUGCUAAUCCCCCUUGUGUAAUUUGCUGUGAGACUGAAGGAAGAAUUUGCUGUUAAUAUGUUCACAAGACAUGAUCAAUGAUUCUUUCAUUGGGUCUAAAGUGAUUUGAAAUUUUACAGUUUAGGGGCAAGGUCUUAAGAAUCUAAAUCGUGUGCCCUAAGAAUUUUUGCCUUCAGUUUUGGGGUUAUCGUCUUGGGGGAUAAUCUAGAUUAUUGGUCAGUAGAUGUUUUAUGUUCACCCUGACCAAACUCUACAAAUAAUCGGUUGUAGAAUACAGGGUUUCACUAAUUUAUGAAUCCGUUUUGUACACUAUAUAAUAUCUAAAUGAAUAUAUAAAUAUUAAUAUACUAAAUAUAUAGUAAAGGAUCUCUAACAUAGUCAAAGAAAUUGACUUGAUUAGUACUGGCGAUACAUGUGACAAAACCUGACCAAACUAAAUUAUUCUAAAGACCAUGGUGUCGUCUUGUUGGUAAUGUGUACGUGCUUCAAAAGAAGAUGACCUUAACCCUUUGACUGGAACAGAUCUGUCUACUUUAUUAAUAGCUCUCUGCUGCCAUUUUAUCACUCUCUAAAGAUUCUGAAAUAUACUUAGAAUUAAUGUCAUGUAAUGCAGAAAGUGAAAGGAAAAAAGUGAGUAUACUGAAAGUGAAGUGUGACUAGAGGAAUGAGUUGCAAGGUUUUAAAAAACAAUGUACAGUUGGAGUCAGUAGAAAAUAUGUGAUAGCAUUAUUUAAGGCUCGUUUCUUUAAAUGGUAUUGCCCUGUUUACAGAAAGGCAACAGUCCACAAGGAUGUGCAGUGGCCCCAAAAAGUAUUUGGACACUGAAGCCACACUUAACAUGUAUGAAUGUCAUUACAUUAGAUUGCAAAAUAUCAAAACAAUGUCAUUUAUUUUAAAGAAACCUUUAAGUAAAACAUUCCACAGAAAUACUUUGUUUUUUAGCGUUUACAUUAUAAAACAGUAGAUAUAGUGUAUUGAAACACUUUCAGGUUUACAAAUUUGGUGGAGCAUGCCAGUAGUAAAAGGUCUAGCAUCAUUUGUAGAUGCAUCAUGGUUUGAUUUUUUUAUUUUUCUGUGCAAUGGAAUUAAUACAUUUAAGUGUGGCUUAUGUGUUCAAAUACUUUUGAGGCUACACGUGACUAUACAUGUUUUCAUAUAAUUACCUUGACGUCUUUGAAUCACGAUUGUAAGCAUGUGUGGUGUACCACCGAAAUGUAUGAAACCUUGAACACAUUUCCUUGGUAACACUUUACAUUAACAUUCCCUUUGAUAAGGGUUUAUAAUGGGGUUCAUUAAUGACACAAGUCAUUUACAAAUGCGUUAUAAAUCAUGAAUGUGCAGCUAUAACAGCGUGAAUAAAAACUGUCAUGCAAUUCUUGCCAGAUAGUGAGCAAACUAAACCAUCAAAAACAUAAAAUGCCCUAAUUCAUGAUUUAUAUCACAAUGUAGCAACAAUAGACCAUUAUAUUGUGAAUGGAAGGAGGGAAUGUGUCAUUUCUCUACAGUCUGCUUUGUGUUUUUUAGUCAUUACUGUAAUGUCUUGACUCACUUGUGUUGUAACUAUCCUUGUCACAUUAAGGUUCAAAGAAUAGGUAUUGAAAAAAGUCACUUUUUAUGCAUAUUGAUAUCACCACAAAUCAAUUAUUUACUAUGCAUUUGUACAUUAAUUAUUAGUCAUUAUUUAACCCUGUUAUAAAAGGAACCUAAAUGUGAAGUGUUACCAUUUUCUUAGUAUGAGAGGGAAUAUAUGGCCAGUUUAUUUAACCAACAGAGAUGAGCACUUAGCAUCAAGGUAAAUACAUUUACCAAACCAGACCUAAAGGACUUGCCCUAUGUUUAAAAAAAGGUUUGUAUGGGGUUACAAAAUAGUCAUGACUGCCUAAGAACCCUAAUGAACAUCCUUGUCUAGUACCUUCUAAUCAAGAGUCUUCAAAUUUGUGCUAUUGACCAUGGCAGCAUGGGAAUCCAGCCAGAACACUGCUCUAAUAUCCCCACACUGACGCAUCAAUUGAUGGGAAUAUUUGCUAUGAAGAACAGAGUAAUAGACGUUUAGUUUCAUUGCUAAAUUACAAUGUCAAAUCUUUGGGGCGAAUGAUCAUUUCGUGAUAAUCUAUUACUUGUGGAAAUAUUAUUCAUCAUUAUGUUUAACAAGGUCCUUUGCAACACUCUUAAAAUAGUGUUCCCUGGCCUUCUUUUUUAGCAUUGUUUUGAGAAAAACAUUCAAAUGUUACUUUUGAUCACAGUUACUGUAAUAACUCUUGCACUAGUAGAGCAGCAGUGUUAUAGGUUACAAAUAAACCCACUGAGUGUUUUUGUUUGAAAAAUCAUCAUAUUGUGUAUAUGAAUAUAUAAAACCAGCAUAUUUAUAUUUAAUGACAAACAUGUAAUAUAAUUACACAAAGAUGUUAUUAUAAGUAAACAAUAAAUAUCUUUAUAAAUUUAUUACCAAAAUAAUUGUUGAAAAUUAAACAUAGUAACAAUAGUAGUAAUUGUGUGUUUUGCAUUUAAAGGUGGUAGAAUAAUAUUUACCCUUUCUCUGUUUAGGAAGUGACAUUAUUUCUGAAUCUGGACAUUUUAUUUUCUUUGAUCUCUGUUGAUACUCCUUUAAAGGAAAGCUACAAUACAAUCAGCAUAUUAUAUUCGGUGUAUCAGAUGUGUUAUUAUAUACUGUAUAUGUGCAGUUAUGGAGCAGGAUACAAAAUAGUGUAUAUUCUUUUGAUGUGGUGACUGUUGAUUAAUCACUAGGUUAAAAUGGGUCAGUGUGUUGUGUCCCGUCUUGUAUGUUGCUUGUCUGGUAAGAUAUAAAUUACAAUAAAAGACAACUGACUGGUGGACAUAUCUGCCAAAUUCUUGUUUAUGUGCUUAUAACUGGGGUUUCAAAAUACUUUUUCAUUGAUAUUUUUCUUUAUAUACAUGCCACAAAAAAAAUUCCAUCAGAUUGAAUUAAGUUACCUUGAAUAAAAUAAAAAUAUAAAUAUUUUAUGUUUUAUUGUUUAAUUGUAAUUUAUUAUUUUUUUAAACAUUGCACAAUUUGAUGGAGUUCUGUUACUAAAUUGAAAUGUAUAAAUCUUUAAACAGGCAAUUUUUGUUCAGUGUGCAUAUAUAAAUAAAUGAACAUUUGAAUCAGAGGGAACACUUUUAUCAAUAGUUAAAAUAGUAGUUUUCGUUAACAUUGUGCAUCGUGGACUAACAUGUUCAUUUUUAGAAGGCCUAUAUGUUAGUUCAUAAUGCAUUGACUAAUGCAAUUUUCAAGUACAAAUGUGUUAAUAAGUAGAAAGUAAAUUAACAGUAUUUAAUCAUCUUGGUAAAUGUUACUUUCCAAGAUUAUGUCCAAUAAAUGUUAAAGUAUUGUUGAUUGUAAGUGCAUGUUAACUGUUGCAUUAAUGUUAACAUAUCCGACCUCUGAUUAUUUCAAUUC